AUGGAGGCGCACGUUGACGAGGCACUUCAAAGAGACGAGCUGCGACCCGGAGAGGAGGAGGCUGUGGAGAUGGCAGCUGUAGAGGAUGACGAGGAGGAAGAGGACGAUGACGAGGAGAUGGGUGAAGGAGGCGAUGAAGCCCUGGAUGAGGACGAGGAUGAGGAUGAAGAAGGCGGAGAAAUGGAUCAGAUGGAUGCAGACGGUGAGGAAGAGGAGGAGCAUCACGGACAUGAUGAUGGCGAGGACGGGGAUGAGGAUGAGGAGGAGGGCGAGUACGACGAGGGCGAGGAGGAGUAUGAUGGCGACAUGGAUGGGGACUUUGGUCCAGAUGGUCAGGGCAUUGCCAGCGUCUUGCAAAAUGCUAUCCAAGUGUUUGAUCAAGAGAAUCCGCGUUUGGACGGCGAAAACAUGACCUUUCGGGUUGACAUUGACCUUGGCGAAGCGGGUGUUAUUCAUGGCGUCCAUCGGGGUGGACAGUUCCGGCGCAUGCAGAUGCCACCGCCUCCAGGUAUCAGCUGGUUGCUCUCUCAAGCCAAUGCAUUUUCCGCGGGCAAUGUUGGCUGGGCGGACCCGGGCGAGAUGGACGCACCACACGAGCAUCCUCUCCUGCGGCGAGACCAGUCGAACAUGGAGUCUCAUCAGUCGCAGCUUGCGCAGUGGAUGCCACCAGGGAACAUCCGCCAAUUCCUGGGGAAUGUGGAGCCGAUCAUCCGCACGCCCAGCAGCCUGAGCGCCGUGCCCUCGUGUUGGCGACAACUUUGGGUUGUGAGGGACUUGGACUUUGAGGCAGUCUUCAGCGAGGUGGUGCGACGCCGGGGUCUUUCCUCGAGCCUUCAGGCCAACUUCGCAGUGCCGGAGCCUGCCCCAGCCGCGACUGCCGAGGCUUGGUGCCCAGUGAUGGUAGGGUCUAAGCUCAAUGUGAUAGAGCCGCCGGCAUCGGACGGACCUUGGGCCUGCAGUUCCCUUCCUUGCUCUCGAAAUUUCAGUACUGCACAAUUUUUUUCAAUCCUGCCACUGGCUGGGGACACUGGCCGUGAGUGGUCCGGGACUGGCAGCUGA